AUGAACGGCACACCUCGUCUUCGCUCCGGCGCCUUUCCCUCGACGCCGCAGUCGACGCGGCGCAACAAUUUGACUCCUCAAAAGCUCCCAGACAUCACGCAGCUCAGAGCUCCGGCGCGACAAGCACAGGACAAUGACGGUCCGUUGAUCCCUGUCGAGACUCUGGAUGCGCCGACACAACGACUCUAUGUGGUCGGCUUCUACCUGGCCUUGUUGGGCUGGAAGCUGUAUGAUCAUUUCUACCUGAAAGAGGAGGAAACAGAGUCGCUAUGGCUGUUUAUGAAAUGGGUCGCCUUUGAUGGAAUCUUCCUGUUUGGUCUGCCCGAGUUGCGCAUUCCCUGGCUCGAGUGGUCUUCGGCCACCAUGCUGCUUCUCUUCCUGGCACACGCCGCUCUGGACGCCGUUCUGAUGUUCCGCAUUCAGCUCCCUCUUGGUGCCGGUCUGGCCGCCGUAGGCAAAAUCUUCUACGACCGGGAACUCGGUGUUUCAGGCCAUCACGUCAAGCAGUCCAGCAUUCUCCACAAUUCGUCCUUGAUCCUGGGAAAGCAGAUCAUCCACAUUCUACCUGAAGGCUCUGCUAUCCUCAACCCAGCCAAAACUUCCUUCUGCCUCGAUUCGUCGAACCAACAAGUCUACCUCCCUAUCCAGAUCAACCAGACCACUCCGGUGAGCAUCGAUCUGCUGCGCUACGAGUUCGAUGGUGCGACCAACGAGACUAUUCAUAUUUCAGGCAAGGAGAUCAAGAAGUUGAUGAAGGAGGCCGCUAGACAAGCUGCACACCCCGCCUCGAACCAACCUUUACUACUGCGCUACCCUACCAAGAAAACUGGCAGGUACCUCUUGAGCAAGGUUAUGGAUGAGUCCAAGUUGGAAGUACAAAGGAAACGCGUCGGCGACACCAUCGUUGUGACAUGUCCUCAGGCUGUCAUCAAGUCAUCGACACCCGAAGCCUGCAAGGGUGAUCUCUCGAGCAUCGACCUCGAGGUUACUGGAACUCCCCCUCUUCGCAUCAAGUACAGAAAGAUCACCAAUCAAAGAGAGCAAGAGGCCCAUUUCCAGAGCAUUCAACCUGACGACUUCAUCUCGCCCCUCAUCCAGCAGUCUACAGACUCUCUCGCUAUUAGAAACACAAAAGAUAUCUCUUGGGCACGUGCUCAGACCGUCACUGUUCCUUUGAGAGAACACAUGGGAGAAAGUGGCAAGUGGGUGUACUCCAUGGACGAAGUCGAGGAUGCCUUUGGCAACAUCGUGUCUUACACCGAGCGUCAACAUGAUGACCAGGAUAAGCCAUCCACAAAGGCUGCACAUCUCCAUCAGGUUGUGACCGUUCACGAGCGCCCCAUCGUCGUCAUGAGAGGUUGUGAUUCUCAGCACCCUCUCAAGGUCGCCAAAGACCACUCCAUUGCCCUUCCUGUGCAGUAUGGUUCUACCGCAAGUAAAGGUUCUGGCGGCUUCCUCGGCACUUCUUACAACAUUGAGUACAAGUUCACCCCAGAAGGUCAACUCCAAUCCAACGGUGAUCACAGCGACGCAGCUCAGAUCAAGUUCAUCUCCAUCAAAAAUCAGUCGCAGAGGCCCAACGUUCAGGAUGCUGGUCUGUAUACGCUGCACAGUGUUUCUACUGGAGUAUGUGCUGGCGAGGUUUUGGAACCUGCAUCUUGUCUGCUGCAAAACCCUGCCGAGCCGAGUCUCCGUAUCGACAAAGAAGAGAUUUUCGACAAGUGCGCUAACAAGCCCAUCGGUCUGCGUGUCGACUUCCAUCUGACAGGAACGCCGCCGUUCAACAUCCAGUAUCAAAUCACUAAGAAGGAUAGUGUCCAUCGUGUGACACACACUGAGAGAGUCAACGGCUUGCGUGGACAGAUCGAGCUGACACCCCCAACUGCUGGACAUUACACCUACAACUUCUUCGAGAUUAGUGACGAUGUUUACAAGGGGCAUCCCCUCAAGGGAGAGGACAUGGUCAUCGAGCAGGACGUCAAACCCUCGGCUUCUGCAAACUUCAAGGAGCAAUCACCUUCUCGCAAGGUCUGUAUCGAUCAGGCGGUGUCCUUUGAUGUCGCACUUCGUGGAGAAGGACCAUUUACUGUUGAGUAUGAACUCGUCCGUGGCAGCAGCAGAAAACGCCACACGCUUAAAGAUAUUCAUGGUGAUCAAUUCACCAUCAGUACCGACACGUUGACCAAGGGUGGUGACUACACUCUUGCUCUGGCUAGUGUGACCGAUGUAAUGGGUUGCAAGGAGUUCUUGAAACAGGAGGCCAAGAUCAACGUUCGUCACCAGAGACCUAAGGUCUCCUUUGGGCAGAUUGAAAGCUCGCGUGCUAUCAAAACUCUUCAAGGCAAAACCAUGAGACUGCCCCUGAAGCUUACAGGAGAAGCGCCCUGGAGUGUCCGCUACCGCAACCUUCGCGACCCCGAACAGUCGAAGAUCAUCAAAAUUGACAGUCCUAAUGGCUUCUUCCCCACAGCCGAAGAAGGCACGUACGAGCUUCUCGAAGUCAACGAUGCUAUCUGUCCUGGUGCUGUCGAUGAGAAUGCCAAGAAAUUUAGUAUCGAUUGGAUUGAGCGGCCCCAUCUGAGGAUUCCUGAGACUUCGUACGACAGGAUCGAAGGAGGCAAGUACAUCAAGAACGAUGUCUGCGAGGGCGAAGACGAUUUGGUCAAUGUGCACUUCUCUGGUGCGCCGCCAUUCCAGUACAAGUACGAUGAAAACAUCAUGUCUGAACGUGGCGCAAAGUCGAAGCGUAGCAAGGCCAUCACUGCCGCUCUUGGUGUCUCGUCUAUUAACCUCGACACCUCUCAAGCUGGCGUGAUCGACUACGUCUUCACCGAGUUGGCCGAUGACAAUUACGAUCACAGCUCGAAGCAUUUCACCCCGGUCACAAUUCAACAGCGGGUUAACUCUCGUCCUUCUGCCCGCUUCACCAAUCCAGGCCGUACAUACAGCUACUGCUCUGUGGAGUCUGCUGGCGAAGAAGUCAUUCCUAUUACACUGGAAGGACAGCCUCCAUUUGCUAUUGACGUUGAGAUCAAGCAUCAUGGAUCCGCACGUCCUGAAAUCUUCUACGUCAAGGACAUCACUAAGAACACCCACGAUCUGCGUGUUCCUCAUUCAUCGUUGCACCUUGGUAAUUCUGCUGUCUCUAUUCGCAGAGUUACUGACAGUCGUGGCUGUAGCCGCAUUGUUGACGCCACUUCACCAAGAGUGCAAAUCUCCGUUCAUGACGCUCCCACCAUUCGUGCUCUGGAAAGUCAAGAAGAUUUCUGCGUGGGUGAUCGUAUCUCGUUCUCCCUCUCAGGUCAAGCUCCUUUCCAGGUCUACUAUGAAUUCAAUGGUGUGGCCCGUAAAGCUAGCUCUGGCUCGACAACGUUCAAGCGUCUGGCGGAGAAGCCCGGAACAUUCGUCAUUACCGGUGUUAGCGAUUCAGGCUCUUCAUGCCGUGCCACCACCAACAUCCAAAAGUCUAUUCAUGGCAUGCCUUCGGUACGCGUCGGUAAGGGUGUUGAGUCGCAAGUCGACAUUCACGAGGGUGGUGAAGCUGAGAUCACCUUUGACUUUGGCGGCACACCACCAUUUGAGUUCACCUGGACUCGCAGCACAAACGCUCGUCGCGGCCAAAGGUCUGAAGUUCUGGAGAUGAGAAGCGAGCUCUCUCAAGACCACCACAUGGCCAUCCGAGCGAGCGAGGAGGGUACUUAUGAGGUUGUGUCUAUCAAGGAUAGAUAUUGUGCCUAUGCCAAAGAGGGCAUUGAUCUGACGAAGAAGAAGGGCAAGUUGCUUACAUAUUAA